CAGCCAUCUUUCAUUCUUUACAAUCGUCAUUGCCUUCAGACUUUUCGAAACUGUGAAUUAAUUUUUGUUGGUAGACUGAUUUUAAGCACAUUAUUUGGCUUUAGAGAACUGAAAAGAAAAUGUCAUUUCUCUCACGUCUGUCUACAGUGGUCAUAACAGCACUAAAUGAAAUCGGAAAUAUAUUUUGGAGAUUGCAAGAUUUAUUCUUGUUCCCUACAAGAAGAGAGGAGAGUGAGCCGGAAUUUUCUGUCAAUCCAAAAAUGCUUGCAAAGGUUGACACCCAGCUAAUCAUGCAGUCUCCAAGCACUUAUUCAGCCUUUAAAGAACAAAUAGAGAUUGUUGCAGAGAUUAUACGUGAAUAUGACACAGAUGACGUUGUUGUGGUGGUGAUUGUUGUUGGUCUUGCAAGGCACAAGUGUUUGGAUUCAAGAAACUUUAAGAGUCAAUCUUUGUUUGAACAGGAGCUAAAAAGCAUAGCAUAUCUUGGACACUGUGCUGAUGUUGCUAUGUGUUUGAAAAAAGCCAGAGAAAACUGUUUAAGUUCAUACAGAGGACGUCCUGGUGUAAAGAAAAUUGCUGUAUUUUUAAACAAUUCCGACUACAGCGAUAAUGAAAAUGCUGCCAUCAAUGAAGCAAACAAGAUAAAGUUAAUGGUGUCUGAAAUGGUUGUUGUCUCAGUUGGCAAUAGAAACCACACAUUACUUAACCAACUGGCAUCCAAAAAAGAAUACGUAUUAAGUUAUUCAAAUACACUUGAGCUUUCUGAAGACGGCUCUCGACAACUUAAAGUCGUUACCUGUACAAUCGCUCCAAAAUACGACGCACCUGCAGAUAUUCUUUUCGUCAUCGAUUCUUCUAGAAGUAUCACCCGAGAGAAUUACCUUAAGGAAAUGGAAUUUGUUGUCGGGCUGUCAAAAUACUUCAACAUCGGUCCGGCUAAUGCAGAGUUCAGUGCAAUGGUGAAUUCUGACGAUUCGGAAAUGCUGUUUUACCUGGCCACAAAAGCACAUACCAGCAUUGAAAAGGCUUUUCUCCAAGCCCCCUAUUUUCCAAGAAAAACCAGCACCACUACCGUUCUCCAAAAAGCUAUAGUGUAUGCUUUUAGCAUCAACGCAAGGUCUAAAUAUAAGAAAUUAGCCAUUGUAAUAGUGAAUGGCGAUUCUUGUAGGAGAAAAGAAACAAAAUGUGAAGCAAAUCUGCUAAAGGACUUUGGUGUGCAUGUGAUUGCUAUUGGCUUUGGCAAUGCCAAGAAAAAGGACUUGGAAGCCAUAGCAUCAAGUAAAAUGUAUGCUUUCUAUUUGGGAAAUUAUGACGUAGGGGAGACGGUAUAUGAAGAAAUAGUGAAGUUCAUUUCAGAGAUAACUUCUGAAGUGGUUGAAACUUAUGGUACUACAACAACCUACUUUCAAAUAUUUAUGUAUCUAUUAAAACAAUACUGGUCAAAGCUUAUCACCAUAACGAAUCGGAACCUCGUCUUAGAAUACUUUCACAAAAACAGGAACAAUCGACAAGAAUGGUUUGAAAUGAUCAAACUAAGUCACGUUACGAGGUACCUUCAAAAUGUUAACCAAGAAGGUCCAGACAUUGACCUUGUUUUAAGCAAACAUUCAAGUCAUGAACAAUUUAAGGAUGCUCUUGUCUUCACCAGUGUUGUUUUAAGUUACAGUAACAAUCUACUGGAGGUACUCAAGGAGCCUUUGCAAUUAGAGAAGAUCUCCACUGAGUUGAAACAAUUCUAUCAAGCCGUAGAGACCAUUUCCAAGGCUAUCUCCUUGUUCCAAGCUCUCAUGCCAUGGUCUUUCUCUGCAUGUCGGAAGGAAAUAGACAUCCAAAUUGAUGAGCUACAAACUACUAUAAAUAACAUGAACUUCAGUUUUGAUAACCAACAGCUUUCCAAACUGGCAUUGAGUAAAACUCUUGUGGUGUACGAUGUAGAUAUAUUGUGUAGUGUAUUGGGGCUUCAAACAAAAUUUUCACAAUUUGCUAAACAAGUGAGUGUGGACAUGUGGCUACAUGACCUACAGCAAAGCCAAGUUGUGAAUUGGUUGAAACGUAAUGGUGAAGGGGAAUCUCUGCCUCAAGCUGACCGUAACAGUGACAGGGAACCCUUGUCUCAGACUGAAGCUAGCAGUACACUGAGGUACAAACUGAUUUUUCUUGGUUUUACCUCAUGGAAGGCUGCAUCCAUAGCAGACAACAUUUCUGAAGAUUGGAUCAACCACCAGACAGCUUUAGACCUGGCUACAUCACAUAUAUUAGACAUGUUCCAAUGUCAUCCCGUGUUAACUGUGGCCAGUGGAUUUCCUUACAACUGUACAGUAAUAGAUGCGUUGUUUGACCAAACUGUUGAGAUGAACGAUGGGCACACUGUAUCAGAGCGUUGUAUAAAAGUUAUGAAUGUUUCAGAUAUUAGCAACAAGAAAGUUCAAUCAGAUUUUCUAAAACAAAUUAGUAACAGCAUACCUAAUGAAAACAUCAAAUUGUAUCACGGCACUUCUCAUGACUGCGCCAAGUCUAUUCUAACUAAGGGAAUUCGCUUAGGAAGAGGUCGCCAAUUCCAGGAUUUCUCCCAUGGUGAUGGAUUCUAUUUAUCGUAUGUUUAUAAUCAUGCAAAAGAAAGAGCCAUACACAAAUCCAAGCGACCUGCUGUCAUUGUGUACUGCAUUAAUGAAGUGACCCUCCAACAAUUCUCUGGACUUAUCCUGUUUCGAGACAUGGAUUGUUGGGGUACAACAGUGAAAUACUGCCGGAACGGCUAUGAAGGACUUAUGCCUGACAAUUUUCCCGCGUAUCAUUAUGUCGCUGGACCAAUGUGCAUGAAUGUAGAAGAUGUAAUAGAGGGCCAUCAAGAACCUGUGACUCACGUUGUUGAAAAAAAUCAAUUGUGUGUUAAAAAACCAGAAUUGGCUAGACAUUUCAACCUUCCUGAUAACAUUGUAUGUGUCAUCUUCUAUAAAGAAACAAUCUAGUAAUUGGUUAUAGUUUUAUUUUAGUUAACCCUUCAUUUCAUGAAUUAAUUUUGUGAAAAGCUAUUUGAGAACAAAAAAUCUUACAAGGUGACCUGUGGUGUGUAGAGAGCAUAAAUAAUAAUGAAAUUGAAUUAUUUUAUCAAAUAAUGUUUAUUUUGCAAAAAAAAACAGAAUGUUGCAAUUUUGCUACAGUAUGCAACGGUCAGUAAAAAUAAUUUAAAAUCUACAUUACAUAUUUACAGUAAAUAGCUUGAAAGUAUGCUUCACGUCAAUAAAUGAGAAUAAUCUAGCAAAUAAUAGCAUUGGAAUGUAUAAUAUAAAUUCAUUCAAGAUAAACGUAUACUAUAAAUUCAUUCAAGAUAAAAUCUACAAUUGAUUUCUC